AUGGAUGAAAUGGACGCUGAGCUACAAGCGCUAUCUCCUAUUGUUCCUGUUUGGAAAGUGAAGUUUAUUCGAUUCUGCAGACAGAUUGCAGAGGGAGUGUGGGGAAUGGUGGACGUGUCGAUUGAACAUUCCCAUGAUGUGUUUUGCAAGAAAUGCCCAAUAGUAACCUGGGUGGAGCAUUUGGAUUACGAAGAGAACGAGGUUAUUAAUCCGUUAGGAGUCAUGAGUUGUAGUUCAUCUUUUGGUGCUCAAAGGUGGCUUUCCUCACUUCAAAGACAAUGCCUAUGCUUGGCGAUAAUCUCGUCUCCUCCAACCUCCACUCAUGAUCAAACUAGUGUGUUUAGUUCUUUUCUCAGGGAUGGUUAUAGUCAUUCCACUAAGAGAAGCAUGGUUAGUAUGGCUCAUAGAAUGGUGCGUAGCUUCGGUUUCGGUUUAUGCUCGACUGUGCACCAAUGGCAGCUAGUCCAAGCUGGGGAAACCAGGCUAACUAUACGCAAUAACAAUAAUAUCGAUAAUCCAGCAAUAAACAUAGAAGGGGAGAAUGGGAGGAGGUACAAUACACCAUGCCAAAUGCCAAUACAAGAGUUGGCUCCAAUCAACAAGAGCAAUGACGACGAACUCAACCGCGUCUCUUUUCUUCGCACGACAGUUUUAAUUGAUAGAAAUAAUCAAAAGGUUGUGCCUAUAGUGCAACAGACACAGUCAGACGAGUCGGGAUCCAUGUUAGUAUAUGGGAUGGUGAACUUACCGGUGAUGCAGGUGGUGAUGAGCGGCCAGGAUUCAAGCUCGGUGGAGAUACUUCCGAAUGGAUUUUCCAUCAUGCCAAAUAUCAGAAGAAGAGAAUGCCAGGAGGAUUCAUGUACGAUGACAGUUGUGUUCCAAAUACUGACGAAGAAUAGUCCGGGGAAUAUGAACAUCUCGAUAGAGUUGAUUGAAUACAUAAACAACUUGAUGUCUCAAAGGAUUCGGAGGAUCAAAUCUUCUCUUUGUUGUGGCUAG